ACUUGUGGCGGUUACGUUAGUUUCGAUUCAGCUCUCAGGCUUUCAACCCCUCGUUGCGAGCGUUAAAAUUUCUUUAACGUUACGUUAAACGUAAUGUUAUAAACGCAAUCUUGGUGAUAUAUUAAUAUAUUAAAAAUGAGUGAUAUUAUCCGAAUUAACGGUUGGGUUCGCAAACUAACUGGAACCGGUACAGUUUAUUAUGUAAAGAGAAAGACUGGAGAGACAAGAUGGGAUCAUCCUGGUUUAACUCUGGCGUUGGAAUCACUGUGUAAAUAUGACAACAUUAGAUACGCUGCUUACAGAUUAUCCUCAAAACUACUCUCCUUGUCAGAGUUGUUGGGAACCCUGUCUAUCUCCUUGAACCUACUGGUCAGCACAACAUCCCAUCAUGGGAUAGUUGCUCCGAGUAUAAUUCUAGACAGUCAGUUUAUCAGAGAUAUCCUUCAUGAUCUGUAUACAGCUGGAGGAGUUAGGAACUCCACUCUUCAACUCAACUCCACCAUUUACUCUGAGGCAAUGGCAAACCUUAUUGAGCAGUUGUUAGAUCCUGCACAUCAGGGUGGGGUGACCAGCCUUGGCUUGAAAACUGUAAUAGCAGUUUUCUCGCGCGCGCGCCUUAGAGAAAAACUGGUUUAUCUCUUCAGAGAGCAUGCACACAAGGGUAUACUUGGACAGACCGAGUUGACCUACAUGCUUUCAAUACUCUCCAGAAUCCCGGAGCUACUAGGAGAAGGUGUAAUGUUCGGUAGUGGAGUAGUUGGCGGAGCUGUACACUCCGCCCUCCAGGUAGGUGGUGGCAGGGGCGUUACCCAGGAAGCCUGGUUAUACUGGGCAGGUAGAGACCCUCCUGAACUGGUUUGGAUGACGACAUCCUAUCGGCUUCUGUCUGGGAGUGGUGUGCGGCAUGGUAUCAGCUGUUCAGCCUGUUCAAGGGAGAUCAUUGGGCUCAGAUACCAGUGUUUACAGUGCCUGAAUUAUGAUCUAUGCCAGGGCUGCUUUUUUACCGGUGCAUCAAGCAAAGGCCACAGACCUAAACAUCCUGUACAGGAGUAUUGUUAUCCGUCCUCGCGUGGAGAUCAACUAAAAGCUGUACUCGCUACGCUUGUUAAUAAAAUCAAGCCAAAAGCUAUUCUAAAACAAAGGAAGAAGUUGACCCGCAAGCUGACCGUUGAUAAAUAUGAAGGAAUGAAGCUGGUUGAGCAGUAUAGGAACAGUAUUCAAGCAGCAGAUAAACAGCUUUUCAAGAUUCCGGAGCAGAGGGAGGGAACACUAUCCCGUAAAGAACAGAGGGAGGGAACUCUAUCCCGCCAAGAGCCGCUGAGAAAACCGCUUCGAAGACCCGGCUGUAAGAAUGUUUCUCCCCGGGAUGAACAUGACUAUGCUUCUCCUAUGCCUCGUGGAGAUAUUCAUAACAGUCACCAUCUUCUCCGUCCCGGUUAUCCUACCUUACCCCCCGGUCAUCUCGGUCAGCCAGAAUACCCAGGACAUGCUGCUUACUCUAGUGAGGAGGAUGGAGGUUAUUCUCCAGUUUAUGACAGGAUAUCUCCAUCCUCUUCAGGAUUCUGCUCAGGAUCAGACAGCCAUUCCUCUGAAAUAAGAUCGAAAGAACAAAAAAACAACUCCCCGAAGCGCGAGAAGCCUCCUCGAAAAACCCGCGAAAAAUCCUUCCGGAAAGCACAAGAUGUCCGCACGACGGAUGAUAUCUUGAAGAGUCGAGAGAGUGUAGUAGAUCUAGAAUGGGAUGAUGCAGGUAUCCAGCUGAACGAGGAUACUGAUCAAGAACAGUUCUGGAGAUAUCAAGGGCAGGCUUUUGAGCACAGUAUACUAAGAAGAGAUAUUGACACGGGAGAAGUGGUUGUUUACAAACUACCAAACAAACCUGAAUCGUCCAACAAUACUCUGGACGAAAGAGACGAAAUGCAAGGGACGCCUACCCUAAAUAAGGAUGAAAUAUUUAGUAUUAUCGGUCAUUUAGAAAAUGAUGAAAAACGUUUGACCGCAAAGCUGCGACGUUCCCCUGACCUUGUCAAACCGAUCACAGAGGCACAGGAGCAACUCAAGCGAUUAAUAAAUCUUAUGUUUGACAUUUUUGGACCAAAACAGCUGCCGGAGGAUACAGAGGUAGACAAACAGCUGAAUCUAACCGGGAUCAAUGAAGAGAGCCUGAAGACGACAUUUGAUGAUCAGCAUCAGGUUGAAAGCACACGACUGGACGGAGAGAAUAAUUAUACUCCGAAACAGUUCAAACAAUCUGAUUUUGUAUUCUCUCCGAUAGUGUUUGAUACAGAACAGGAUAAUAAUGGAGAACAGACGAAUGAUGAGACAGACGGAAACUUUGAUCUGUCCUUCACUAGAUAUCAGCUGUCAGAUCUGACAGAUAGGUUGGGAGGAACGGGACUCUCAUACUCUAAGACAUCGCUGCUAGAGAUAUCUGAGAAGCUCCGUGAUGCUGCUCCCUCCGAUAUAUCAGGAAGCUGCAAGGAAGCUGUAGACGAGCUGGAGCAUUUAAUGCACAGCUUAAACAAUCUUUUUGAAAUUUUUUCCCCCAAAUCCUUACAAAAUAAUUCGUCGGACGAAACUGCGGACGAAUCCGUUGAUACCGGAGAAUCAGGACGAGUGUUGAAAAUUGUUGCUGAAAUUAACAAAUUACUCGGAAAUACCAAAGAAACUAAAAUUUGAUUUGUAAAUAUAUAAACUGUUAUAAAUCUACACAAUUACAUACAUGCAUAAAUUAUAUAACUUAAAGUUUAACUGUAAAUAUAAAUUAAAUAAAUUAUAAUCUACUCA